ACUAUGGCUUUGGAGUGUAGAAUGAUUUGCCUUCUAAAUUGAAGACUCGAGCGCCCCCUGUGUCUUGAAUGCAAGUGAGGUAACGCAAAGCUUCCAUUUGACGUCAAUAAAUUCAUCCGAACAUAACAGCAGGAGCCAUUUUAUUCCGUGAAUGAAAACUUCGAUCUAAAAAACACAAGACAUUCUUCUCGACAUCAAUUGCAGUGUGUCGUUGAACCGAAUGAUAAACCUUUUCAUACGGCAUGGCGAAUGAGUUGGGUCUGUCUCCAUGGUUAGUGUGCUGUAGCAGCUGGACCCAGACAGAAGUCUCUCUUCCUCUCCUCCUUCACCCCUUCUUCCAGCGGUGAGAUCGUGACAUCACACCAGGACGGUAACCGCCCCUGCUGGUUACCAGGGAGCUCCCUGAUUCCACCCCUGUGGAGAUGGAGCCCCAGGGGCUGCUGGGAGCAGAGGGGGAUUAUGGGAUGUUGGGUCUGCUGGUGCCCAGUCCUCAGAGUGAGGCGGUCACCCAUGAGCUGGAGGAGCUGACCCUACAGCCCAGCAACAACCUGCCCCCACUCAACGAACGCAAGAACGUCCUUCAGCUGAGGCUACAGCAGAGACGUACCCGUGAGCAGCUGGUAGACCAGGGCAUCAUGCCUCCUCUAAAGAGCCCAGCAGCAUUCCAUGAGCAGAUACGCAGCCUGGAGAGAGCCAGGACUGAAAACUUCCUGAAACACAAGAUCCGCAGCCGACCAGAGCGAUCUGAGCUGGUCAGAAUGCACAUCCUCAAGGAGACUGGGGCAGAGCCCUCCCUGCAGGCCACCCAGAUGAAGCUGAAGAGGGCCAGGCUGGCUGACGACCUGAAUGAGAAGUUGGCCCAGCGCCCCGGCCCCAUGGAACUGGUAGAAAAGAACAUUCUGCCUGUAGAACCCAGCGUCAAGGAGGCCAUCAUUGUAAACUACCCCAAAGCGCUGGACGCGUACAGAUUUGAGGAGGACAGCGGGGAAGCCCUGUCUCCAGAGCAGCCGGCCAGCCACGAGUCCCAGGCCUCCGCACCCUCCCCUGGGGAACCUCGGGCCCUGGAGACCCCCUGCCCACCACCGCUGCCCACAAUCACACAGCCCUUCCCUGUUGUCACCCAGGCAACGGCAGACUUCCUAAAAGCUCUCUCCACCAAUGAGCUGCCAGUCAGUCACCCAGCACCCACAUCUCAGCCAAUCAUCACUGUCGUUCCUUCAAAGCCAGGGCCCACCCUAGUGAAACAGAGCCAGCCCAAGCAGCCGGGGGAGAGGAAUCGCAGUAAGAAGGGCAAGGAGCCCAAGCCCCGGGUCAAGAAGUUAAAGUACCACCAGUACGUCCCCCCGGACCAGAAACAGGAGGCCAGCGAAGCCCCCAUGGACUCAUCCUACACCAAGAUCCUUCACCAGCAGCAACUCUUCCUCCAGCUGCAGAUCCUUAACCAACAACAGCAGCACUACAACUACCACACCAUCCUCCCAGCACCUUUAAAGCCUGUAGCUGAGGGUCAGAACAGCGGUGUGAGCGGCCUGCCAACCUCUAUAGUGGUAUCCCUGCCUCCCGCCCCCUCUGUCACUGUCCCUCAUCCCACCCCUGUUCGUCCCAACAACAGCCUGUCCAACCGCAAGCCUGGCCACCUGCCUCCCAACCUGGAGGACAUGAAGGUGGCCGAGUUGAAACUGGAGCUGAAAUUGCGAAGCCUCCCUGUCUCAGGGACCAAGACUGAACUCAUCGAGAGGCUGAAGCCCUACCAGGAGAGCCCCAGCACCCCGGCCCCUACCACAGUCCCAACCCCCGGCCCUAACACCCUCCCCUCCUCAGUUCCUGUAGAGGUAGGCUCAUCCCCCGCACUUCUCCUACCUGCCCACCAGGUGGCACCAGAGAGCAUGAGCACCACACCCCCAGUGUCCCCAAUCCCCACAGACCUCGCCACCUUCAGAGACGACAGCGUGAUGCCAAGGGUAUCCAAGCUCCUUUGCGACCCCCAGAGGGUGAGCCUCUGUCGGACAGGCGCGGGAAUGUCCCCCCUUGGGCUGGAUGUUGUCCCUGGUCGUGUCCCGGAGGAGAAGGACCGGCGGCUCCAUGAAAAGGAACGUCAGAUCGAGGAGCUGAUGAGGAAGCUGGAGCAGGAGCAGAGGCUGGUGGAGGAACUCAAGAUGCAGCUGGAUGUGGAGAAGAAGACCCAGCCUCUCCAGGGACCCUCCUCAGACACCGUCCCCAUGAUCCAGACCUCAAACGCGGUCAAAAUGGGAGGCAGGGUCCUUCCUAACUGCUCAGCCAUGGUUAACUCAACCCUGGCCCCCCAGACUCUCCCCACUGUGGUGAAGGUAGAAGAUGUAAUUUGUAACACCAGCACCCACCCCCAUUCGGCCCCCAGCCUGCCCCAGUUCUUCUUCAGCCACCAGGGUGCAGUGUCCCAGGUUCUAGGCCAGUCUGUUUCCCAGACCCUACUCACGGCCCAGGAUGGCUCUACUCAGAUCCUCCUUCCUGUCCUCCAGGCUACGUUGUCAAAUCAAGCCCCAGGUCUGAUGCAGGCCUCCAUCUCCCAGCUGCAGACCACCAAGAUGGAGACAGCCUCCACUCAGCAGAUAACUAAUCACAACCACAUUUUGCAGACUGUUACAGUUUGUAACGUCCCUGGCUCUGGGAUGGUGGAGAACCACACUAGGACCAACAUGCCUCCCCAGUGUUUCCUGAGCAGCUCCCCAGAUAACAGGCUCUCACCCCGGGAGGCUUCACCAAGCCACAACCUCUCCAAUGGGCCUGUCAACAAGUCCCCCUCUCCAUCUCCAUCCCAGCCUGCCUUCAUCCUCCACCCCUCCUCCCUCGUUACCCAGCCCCCCAAGACCAGGGAGCCCCCCCGCUAUGAGGAUGCACUUAAACAGACCCGCAACCUGCAGCAAGCCAACAACCUCACACAGGUUUCCAUGGCAACCAGCCAGCAGAUGGAUGACCUGUUUGACAUCCUGAUUCAGAGUGGAGAGAUCACUCCGUUCAUCCAGCAGGACCUGCCUUCUCUAAGUACUAAGACUGUCCCUGUCACAGCCAACAUCUCUACCCUCCCUGUCAACACCGCCCUGUCCAGACCCCCUCCACAGAUCCAGGUAGCUCCCCCUCACAUCCCUCCCUUCGACCCCCUGCCCCUCCCCAGCCUGGCCUCCGACAACCAGCUGGAGGCUUUCCUGGAGGGGACUCUGAACUACCCGUCCCCAACCACGGACCCCCGCACUCUAGGUCUGAUCGAGGAGCUGCAGUCCCAGCUCCUGGAUCAACCCUACUCCCCCAUGGACACCUCGGCGCUGUCCUUCUGCGACUCCACAUCUCCCCUUUCCUCCCUCAACAUGGGCCUGUCCGACACAGUCCUGGACAACAUGGAGUGGCUGGACCUAAGCAUGCCGCCCGACCCCGCGGGGGGGCUCACGCCCCUGGAGAUUCCUUCAGACUUCCUGGAUACACACGACCUGCAGCUGCACUGGGACUGAGGGAGAAGGACAAGGAGAUGGAUGGAGUGAGGAAGGAAGAGGAGGAGUGAUGUAGGGAUAGAGGGACUCAAGGUAACAAAUGCAGACCUUGUAAGUAAGGUUAGUCCUCCUUGUGUAGUUGAAAGUUUUAACAAAUAAUUGUAUUUUUUCUAUGCCAUAUUAUAAGAUUAGCCAGCUGGUGAUGGGGGCAUUGGAUGUUUCAUAAUAGAGUACUGGGACCAGAGCCAAAUGAACAAGGAGGCAGACGGUAUGUAAAUAUCCUGUAAAUGACAGUUAUUGGAACCAGAACAAGGUUAGGUGUUCCCUCAGCCCUGCUGGAGUUUUUAUUGGGUUGGGCAAAGCUUUCCCUAUACGACACAUGGUAGUCAGUCUUAUGGUGUUCCGCUUUCCUUGCGGUGAACACGAGGAUGUGUUAACUUAGCAUGCGUUUCACAUCAGUCAUACUACAGGGUCUGGAUCUACAGCCAUUGCUUUGUGGAAGCAUGCUGCUGUGCCAUACAGUCAGUAUGAGAAUGUGGUUUGUUUAUUACAGAUCUGUUGUGCAUAAGCCACGACAAACAGCAUAACUGACAGAAGUAAAACUGACAGAGUACAAGGCUGUUUUUGUUUUGUUGCGACAUAGCUAUAUUUGGUAUUGGGACAUAGCUACAUAUUGUAUUGGAUGAGACUGUUUUUUCCUGAACAAAACAGACACUAUGGACAGUUUGACUAUUUAAGCAAUUAACUGAACUGACGCUGAGAACAAAGACUCACUCCUAUUGGAUGAGGAGGGGUGGACUCCUCCCACUCUGAGCUAUGCACUAAGGAGGCGGGCCUUACACCUGCACCUCACACAAGGAAAUCUGAAUCACGGAUAAAGAUUUUAAUGAACCGUUUAUUGAAAUGAUGUCGAUCCACGUGUUGGUUAUCUUUGUGUACUUUCAGUUCAAGUAAGUCCCAAGUUGAUCCAUCUGAAUGAAAAUGGAGACUUUACAUUGUUGGCAGCUUUAUCUUCUGAAAGACAACUGACGUAUCUGUGGCAAGGGAACAAAUAUGGUAUCACACAGGUACACUACAUAGAGGUUAAUGUGUGUAUACUUACUGUAUGCUAGCCUGGUCCCAAGUCUGUUUGUGCUCAUUGUCAAGCCAAACAUGUUUGACAUGACAUUGAGUGACAAGGAGUUGGCAUGAUAGCCUGAGUGCCAGUUGUUUUGUACUAACUGUAUGCUAUGGUGUUUGACAUGUUUUAAUGUGGCUGCAUGACCUCUGGCGGAAAGAGGUGCUAUACUGUCUGUCCUGAAAUCUGUCUGUCAAUUCUCUGCAUUUGUCUCUGUGUGUCUGUCACUGUAUAUCUGUGGUUCUUUCUCUGUGAGAAAGUAUGCAUGUGUCUGUAAGUACGUGUGUCUGUGUGUGUCCUUUCUGUGUGUCUCUGUCUUGUUGAAUGCAGGUUUUAAUGUGUGAUAUCGGGCUAUAUUUGUCUGUUACUUUGAGUCAUCUUUAUUUUUAUAAGACAAAUGAUCAACUUUUACAGGCUGAGUUUUCAAAAGGAUUGUCUCACAGAAAAGCUUUGUAUGACUGUUCCAUCUGUCCUGUUUGUGUUAUGUGGUCAAAACGCACAGUAAACACCCACAGUGGUGUGACCAACAGAGUUAAACUAAGAGGGACUAAAUGUAGAUGCUGGUAUUGCCAUUCCAUUUGGUGGAUGAAUUUGAUGGUGAAGAUGAUGAUUAUAGAUACAGUUGAAGUCGGAUGUUUGCAUACACUUAGGUUGAAGUCAUUAAAACAAGUUU